AGGUAUCAACUCGCUGCCUGUCGGAUCAGUUAGCUUGUCCCACCCCAUCAGCUUUCUACCUUGGUGGGCAGCAUGGAUGUCGACCCGAUUGAGAACAAGAAGCGCAUGCUUUGUGGCGAGCUCUACUACGCAUUCACGCCUGACUUGGCAGCAGAGCGUGAAAGAUGUAGACUCGCCUGCGGACGCUUCAACAGCGCAGACCGCCACUUAGGACGUCGAAAACUUACCGAACUGUUUCGAGAUAUCGUCCAGGACAAGAGGCCCAUGCCACCAGAGGCUCCAACCGCCGAAGAGGAUGACGCUCUUUUCGAGCAUGAACCGUGGAUUCUUCCUCCAAUCACCAUGGAUUACGGUCGGAACGUCCGAGUGGGCGACGAUGCUUUCAUCAACUUUGGUGCCGUGUUUCUCGACACCUGUUUGACCACCAUAGGGUCACGCACACUUCUAGGGCCCAACGUCCACUUCUAUUCGGCCACACAUCCUCUCGACCCAGCUCUCAGAAACGGUAUUCGGGGGCCGGAGAUGGGCAAGGAGAUUCACGUUGGCGAAGACUGUUGGAUUGGAGGCAAUGUUUGCAUAUUGCCCGGCGUCAUUAUAGGCAAAGGCAGCGUGGUCGGCGCCGGCAGUGUCGUUACCAAGAGUGUCCCAGACUUCACUGUUGUGGCAGGCAACCCAGCCCGCUUCAUCCGCAAGAUCAAGACCGACAUGGACCCUGCGCAGCAUCAGCUCACGUGAGAAGUGCUGACCGGAAGAGCUCAUGCGCUAUAGUUAGACGAAAGAUUACUCC